AUGGACGUCCCGCCGCCGGCCGGCAAGAUCGCGGCGCUGUCGCUCGGCGCACUGCCGGUGUCCUGCGCGCUCAACCUCGCCUCGGCGCUCUCGCACCCCCUGGGGAUGGCAUUGAUGAGCGCCUUGAUCCUGGGUCUGCUCUUGGUGGCUAUCUACAGCUUGUCCCAUGGUGAGAUCUCCUAUGACCCACUCUACGCUGUCUUCGCGGUCUUCGCCUUCACCUCCCUGGUGGACCUCUUCAUAGCUCUCCAGGAAGAUGGCUACGUGGUGGGCUUCAUGGACUUCUACACCAAAGAGGGUGAGCCGUACCUGCGCACAGCCCACGGAGUCUUCAUCUGCUACUGGGAUGGCACCAUCCACUACCUCCUCUACCUGGCCAUGGCCGGCGCCAUCCACAGAAGGAAAAGAUACCGGAACCUUGGACUCUAUUGGCUGGGAUCCUUCACCAUGAGCAUCCUGGUGUUCCUCCCAGGAAACAUUCUUGGAAAAUACAGCUCAGAGAUCCGGCCUGCCUUCUUCCUAGCCAUCCCCUACAUGUUGGUCCCAUGCUGGGCCGGCAUGAGGGUCUUCAACCAGUCUCGGGCACCAACCUACUGCACCCCCAACAUGGUGCAGGAGGAGCAAAAAAAGGGUCUCCUGCAGCGCCCGGCUGACCUGGCCCUCAUCAUAUACCUCAUCCUCGCUGGCUUCUUCACCCUUUUCCGGGGCCUGGUGGUGCUUGACUGCCCCACGGAUGCCUGCUUUGUCUACAUCUACCAGUAUGAGCCAUACCUGCGGGACCCUGUGGCUUAUCCAAAGGUGCAGAUGCUGGUGUUUAUGUUCUACGUUCUGCCUUUUUACGGCCUGGCCACCUAUGCCCUCAUCUUCCCUGGUUGCUCCUGGCUGCCUGACUGGGCCUUGGUGUUUGCUGGAGCCAUUGGCCAGGCACAGUUCUCCCACAUGGGUGCUUCCAUGCACCUGCGCACACCCUUCACCUACCGUGUGCCUGAGGAUGCCUGGGCCUGCUUCUUCGUGUGCAACCUGCUGUAUGCUCUGGGCCCCCACCUGCUGGCCUACCGCUGCCUGCAGCGGCCUGCCUUCUUCCUUUGCUCGCCGACCCCCAGCCCCCCAGCCCACCACAAGAAGCAGCACUGAGGGGGCUGUGGGGCUCCCCAUUACUCUGUUUACACACCCAGCCAAUCCUGUCCCAGGAAGGAUGGGUUGAGACUUUUAGAUGCAGGAGGAUGUCUCUGGUGUAUUCAAUCCUGGCUGUGGUGAUUUCCAGCCAGUGGGUGGGACGGGAGACCAACCACCAGGUGUUCCUGCAAAGAGAGUCUUCAUCAGCUGUCACCAUGCCCAAACCCCUACACGGACUCUUCUGCUUCCUCCCAAAAUUUACCCAUCAUCCUCGAUGGAUCCUUUUAGUAAAAAGCCUUUUGAUGUCCAAAA